GGAAACAAAACCUAAAUCAUUGCUGUAGGAGCUCCACUUUAAAUUGGUAUCUUUCCAUAAGAAAGAGGACAUCCAAGUCAAUCACCAUGUUCCAAGAACGGCUUCGGCCAUCCGCAUCUGCGGGUACCGCAGGAAAUGCGAAGCCCUUACCAACCCUGCUAUCCUUCGCGUCACCUCAGUCCCCAUCUAGUACCAAAGGUCGGGGAGGAGGAUUGAGGAGUUCGCCAUCGAAAAAGAUUCAGAUUCAGAUUGCUGAAGGUGGGACGACGCCUACUUCUGCAAGAGGAGCAGAUGGCAACAUGAAUGGAGACGAACAAUACAAUCAGACGAUGUACACAGCACGUGGAACCUCUACGCCUAAGAAAAAAGCCAGUGUCAAAUUCGAAAAUGACCGAUUGCGUCGCACAAGUCAGUUGCCGGGGAAGAUUAUGCUUGGAUUGUUUGAUGAGAAAGAGGAGUCUAGAGCAACGCUAAUGUAGUUCUUAUAGGUAAAUUUUGCGAUUUCAGCGAGCGUGGCAAGGGCAGUCUUGUUAUUCUCGUCCUCACUUCAUCCUCUAAUGACCAAUUCGCACUGCUGCUCCAGACACCAGACACGAAGCCAGUCCCUCCAGCGCCCGAACCGACUCCCGCACUGGGACAAGAUCUCAUGUUAGCCGAUGAGCGGCAACUGGAAUUCGCUACCGCAGUGUUGUCUCCGUCACUGCUAGCUGAUUGGAAGGAUAUCGAUGUUGGGAUGGGGAAUAUGACGCCUUCUGGCUCAUCGGCAUCUUCGAAAUCGAAUCAUGCUGUUCAACAUAACGCUUUCAAGAAAACUCUCGACGAUGAUGAUGCUCGUUUGUCUCCGAACAUUGAAGAUGAAGAUGAAGGCGUAGGUGUAGAACAGGCUGAGGACGCAGAACGUGAGCGAAUGGCUCACCAAAUCUCUAGACUUUCGACGCAUGUGAACAGCACUUCCUCCCUGAUGGAAGUGCCGUUUGAUUUGCCGGAGCAACCUCGUGAUGCGUCGCGAAUGAAACCGACUGCAGGUGGAGCGGAUGAUGCGGCUGGUAAGCAUUUUAGGAGUUUUGUCUGGACUUGUUGCGAUACAUAUGUACUUAUGUUCGUCUUGUCGUCUUGUCGUCCAUUCAGUCUGACAGAAUUAUCUGUCGUCCUCACAAUGACUGUCGUACGAUAAUUUUACAUUAGACUUCUUCUAUCAACUACAACGUCACCACCAGGCAUCGCCCCCAUCAACCGCACUAUCUCCCACAAACGAUCUUCUCUCAAACGCGAUUUCGGUUCUCCGAUGUCCCGCAGUGUCAGCAAGAAGAAACGUGUGUCUUUCUGCAGUCUGGAGUUACCUCCAGAUUAAGGCUACCGCUAACGCAUCCUCAAGGUUAUAUAUUCUGGGCCUUUUUUCCCCUAGUCUCCUUUCGCCAAUCGGAGCUGGGAGGUGGGACGCCAGGGGCUGAAGCAUCCCGUGUUUAGCUAAAUUAUAACUAGUUUACUUUCUCUUCUUUUAACCUCGCCUCUGCUUCUUCGCUGUACGAGUGUUGAGAGUGAGUGAGCACACUACAGCUGUCGCCCGCAACCUCUUGGUUCUGUACUUGCUCGAAGAUCAGGGACAACGACGGACAACUUCUCUCUUAUAUAUUUGAAAAAGAAGCCAAGUAGAAUGACUUCAGGGACUCGAACGUGGUAGCUCUAACCUGAACACAUUGUGGAAUCACAGAAUGUGAAUGUGAAUCGACCGCGUGCGAACGCUCAUGGUCGAAAUUCGAGUCUGUAUGGGGACGAUUUGGGAAGAAGCUUGUCGGACUUCGCGACAGCGGGAAGCAGCAAGAAAACGUCGUUUAUUUCGUCGGAUGCGGGUGAUAGGGUAUGGCAGGUGUAGAUGGAUAAGAAGUGAGUGGAUAAGUGAAGAGAAUCAUGUAUGUGACUAGAAAAUACCAUAAGAAUGAGAUGAAGUUCAAGUUAUUGUAGUGUUCGUGUACAGCAUUGCUUCCAGGAUCUUGUAGUAAUCCAACUUCUAGUAUUAAGGAAAGAAGACACCUUCUAGACACCGUGUUGUGAUCCAAGAACACAGCACGUUCCUUUCAUUCCACGACCAAGACGCCGACCACAGUAACGAAGACAAUAUUUUGGAUGAGGAGGUGCUGCGGAAGUCUCCAGAUUUGAGCCGCAUCUCAGGGAUCGAUCGAGACGGGGAAACGUUUCUAUUCGAAGAUGAAGAAGGCGAGCCUUAUGCGCCAAUCGAUGGAGAAGAGCACGGGGACCAGGAUAAUAAUAAUUGUAAUUCGUCAUCUAGUUCUUGUACAGAAGUGCACAUGGACAUGCACAAGUACUCAACCGCAGCACAAGACCGACUCCAACAGCGGGUGAAUCAUCUUGUGAAGACGCUGAGUACUGCGUCGUCUGUGGUGAUUGAUGAAGAGCGGGACGAUGCAGAGACCGUGAACAAGACGAACACAAGAACUUCUACUGCCCAAAAUGCUAACGCUAGGAGUGCCAGUGCCAGUAAAAAAGCGUCUCGUCUUCGCGCACCUACCAAGGUCCCCGACUUCGUUUCUACACAGAUGUCUCGUGCUAGCCAACAAGACCUCGCAUGCACUCUGCAACUUCUCAACGCACUCGAGAAAAAGCUGGAGAACAUCGAUAAAACAUCCACAUCUUCCAUCUCGAGUGGUGACCACAAGGAUGUCGAAGUAGAUGACAACAUGAAGAACAUGAGUUUUGACGAAGAGGAUUUUGGACUACAUUUCGAAGAAAUUGCGCCGUUGCCAAGUAUGAUUGAGAAAGUGAUGGACGGGGACGGAGACGAGGACGCACAAUCUGCACGAUCUUCUCCAUAUGACGCGAUGGUUGGAGUAGAUGAGAUUCAUUUGGUCGCGCCUAGGAACACACGCGCAUCUGGGUUUCUAGAUGCACCCGAGAAACAACUACAAGGAGGACAAUCGACUCAGUCUCAGUCAGAGUCUCUUCUUCCAUCGGCAGCGAAACAAGCACAAUCACAGCUAGAGAAAGAUCAAGCAGAUGUAGACGAGCAUGUCCUAAAACCAGGCAUCUUCACUCUAGCCGACGACCUAUUGCUUAAACAAGGCAUGCUGGAACAAGGUCUAGUUCCUCCACGCCUCUCUGAUGCGCAAUUAGACCUUGAGGAAGAGUGGAGAUUGGAUUUUGAGCGUGCUACGUUGGACGACCGUUUCCUUCUAGAGGAGUCUCAAGAGCUGGACUUCAACCGCGUCCUCCGUUUGAGUAGAGCGGGAUUGAGCAAGGAUUUAGAACGUGACUUGGCUGCAGUGCAGGAACUGGAGGAAGAAUUGCGCAACAACUCUACCACAAAUGUAGGCGGGACUAGAAGCAUUCUUGCUUUAGAUGAUGGGAGCGAGAAGAAAGAGAAAGCAGACUUUCAAAAGAGUCUUGGUCUUCCUGGAGGUGAAGUAACCAUCAAGUCUACUUCGGGAGGAUUGCUGUUGCCAAGCUGCACAACUACAGAACCUAUAACUAACGCUCGUCUCAACGCGAAGAGUAUGACGAGUAAAAAUGGCAGUGCAGUUCCAGAUUACCGUUGUUUCGCAGGCACGCAAAUCUUGGAGUCUGGCGAUGAUUCCUGUGGAGGGCGCGGCAACCGUAGCCAGAGUCUCAGCCGCACUAUGAGCGGGAAACAGUACUUAGAAGAGCAGGCUUUGGCAACGCUAGAAGAAAAGAUGACGUCUUCUUCCUCGUGUGGAGGUUCUAUUAUGGGUAUGGGAGCAACACUGAGCUCCGGUGUGGGCAAUUUCGGCGUCGAUACACCGAGCAGGAAGCGAACGUCGCUUGCGGGUAUGCGACCUCCUGCGGACUUACGAGGCUUGUCCUUGUCUGCACAAAAAUCGUCAAGGAGCAAGAGUCCACCGCCAGAUGCUUUGCGUCGUCAGGUGUUUUCCUGCGAUCACAAGCGGGGACGGGAAGUGAGUGGAGUUUCUUCGGCAACGAGCAACCGAGAUGAAAGUGAAGAUGAGGGAGUCGAAGACGAGCCUCCGAUUGGCGGUGUUAGCACACAGAUUCCGACGAUGGUGUUGCAUCGCACGAGCAGUGGGGCUUCGUUUGUAGAGGAUAAGCAGGAGAUAGCACCAGAAUCAUUCAAAGAAGAUGUGUCCUUGAAGCAAGUUGCGCCCUCUGCUGAUAUUGUUGCGCCCACGCCUGGACCUGUUACCACAAGUACAACUGUGAGUAAUCCUACGAAGAUCGUGAUGGACAAGUCGAGUUUGACGUCGAUGCUGCAGAAUGCACAGCGUUCAAACCAUCUGAAACAUCUAGUAGUUGCGCCUCCAUCCACCGGCAUCCCGCGUGUGAGCCUUGUUCCUCCAGUCAAGCGCACGUUGCUGCAAUGGCACCCACAACUUCUGUCCACUGGUAAGGUCAGCGCGCCUAUUGGUCGUGGACGUACUCUUGGUGUUGCUAGUGCUGCACGGGCUCGCGGAAGAGAGGAGAUGACGGAAUGGCUACCCGAAAAGUGUAAUCUAGUAGAACAGGACGAAAUUGAAGUCGGAACGACAUGUGUCGCAAAAAGUCUUUGUGCAACUCCGCUUUUUCCAGCUCCAAUUUUCAGUAAAACCUUGAAGAUUCCUCUUGGGGGGAUGCUGAAGAACAAGACGGAGAUGAAGAAAGCCACUCAAGAUACUGAUGUCACUUCGAAAACGAACAUCAAGAACAUCAACAAUAUUAAGCAAGAGAACGCUGGUGCGACUACAACUUCUAAGCAGUACAAACAAGCUACUGCUCGCGAGAGCACAAUCAUGGCGGCAACUGCACCACUUGAUAUUCCCUCCUCUUCCAUGGAUGCUACAUCAACUACAGAAACGACUACAUCUACAAAGACUACGAUUGCAACCGGCCGUCGCUCACUCCCAACCUCUCCUAGCAAAUUUGAACCUCUUGCGCGCAAAGUAAGUCCAUUCGUCGUCUGUCAGCCUCUGCAAAUCCAUCCUCCGACGACCGCUCCGAGAUUCUUAGGGCAGAGCAAGCCGAUUGUGUGGCAUCGAAUGCCUAUGGUGCCACCAACGAUCAAUCUCAACGUGCAAGCCCGUGGUGGUCCUCCGACAACUAGAACUUUUUUGACUACUGCUAAGCCUCAAGAAGCUCAUCAACAUUGUACUGUGCUAGGACAGCCCACUCCGGUCGCUACUACCAAGGCGGGAGAGCAGGAGGCUAACAAAAGUGUUGCUACAGCAGGCGUAGAUGAUCCAACGUGUAUCGACCUUGCAGCUGCAGCUAGUACUAUUCGUACGAAAUCCUCGACUAGUUCUUUGCUUGGUGGUACAACGUCGAUGUUGCCGCCUCCGACACUCUUGGAAGAUAAGGAAGAAGACGACGAAGAACAAGAACAUGAUCGAAAAGAUGACGUACUACAACUAGAACAGGAAGAUGAACAUGAAUUGGCUACAUUUCGAGCACUCGAUACAUCCUCUCCUCCGACAGUGAAAAAAGAGACACCUACUUUGAAGCGGGGACGAUCGUCGCCUCCCUUGAGUCGUGUGGCUUCUGCGAAACUGGGUGUGCCAGCACACUUGGUGCGCUCGACUUCGAAUCAAACGAUGACGCCUGCAUCGGAAGUUCUGAAACAGUGUGGUGUAGCUGGUCUUGGAGAUCAUGUUGUUGACAACGGAGAUGAACUUACUGCAACAUCAGGCACGAAUAAAAAACGCUGCCGCAGUAGAACGACAGCUCAUGAUGUUAAAAACUACGUCAAUCAUCCUUUGAAAGAAGAUCAAGAUGAUGAAUCACUUAGUCAAGAUCAGCCUCCGCCAUUGACGAAAUCUGUAUCCAGAACUUCUACAAAUAAGUCUGUUUCCGUUGUCCGUCGACCUCCAUCUGCUCACCGUCGCGCACCCAGUCUGCGAUCUGAUGCGGUGGUAAAGUCAGUCGUUUCGCAACGGCGACAAGCGUCGAAUUGUACUAAAGCUGCAAAUGGAAAUGGGCGUGUGGGAUCACUUUCUGCUUCUCGUGAACGCAGUGUCGCAGCAGAGGAGGAAAGCCAAUCGUGUCAGGAUUUGCCAGGGACUUCGCGUUAUGCAGAACAAAAAGUCUUUGAUGAUGAACAACAUGAUCAUCAAGCAGAAGGUCAAGUUUUUGAUCAACUACAAGAUCAAGUGGCAGUUGUCGACAUGAAGCACGUACACAGUCUACUUCGCACCAAGGUGAAACGUCGCACUUCUCCGAGUGGGGGUUGUAUGAUCUCGUCUGAACAAGACGAGGAUAAUGAGCAGGACGAUGGAUCUUUUUACACUGCUAGAGGACAACCAGCUAACGCUACGGGCCACCCGUGGUCUCCAGAACAGGAUAUGAACAAUUCUCCCUGCGCUGAAGAUGAAGCAGUAGAUCAGCCACGCCGCCUAGUUGUAGGUAAAGUGCAAGUACCUGUAUUCGGAGCAGGAGGAGACACAGUUCAACAUUUAGAAGGGAAUGAUGUGCGUUUCGAGAAGAUGCCAAAGCGGCCGCAACAACCGCGACAACAGCAAGAAGAACUCUUCGACGAGAACCUGAUUAACUCGGUCGUACAAGAACUAGAGGAAAAACGGGAUGAUCCUAUGAAUGCCGACGAAUCCUUUGGUCCAGAGCACUUACUGCAACAUCUUUCACCUAAUACAACAGGAAAAGCUAAAAAUGCUUGUGCGUCUGCUGCUAAUAAGAAGACCAAUCAAAAUGAACAUGCAAGUGGAACAAACGCAAAUCCAAAGUUAACAGCUUCUUCUUCUCUCGUAGUGCUUCCGUCGCCGCAACAGCCGUUGAAGCUUGUUAAUCAGAACAAGGAUCACCAGGGCGAGAUGAAGGCUAAAGCGAUUAAGAUCAGUGAAAAUUGCAUGCAGCUUUGGAGACAGCGUCAGCAGGACGGUAUUCAGAUCUUGCCGAUGAAGGCUACUACGACUAGUGCCUCUGCGAAUAGCGAUAACACUAGACCAGCAUCAUCUCCGCGUACCGGCCGUAUCGUGAAGCCAGCGCAUUUGCCGAUGGCAGGAAAGGGAAAUGGGGGUGCCGGUUUGGAGGUAUUUCGAUGGGCUGCUGUGUAAACAACUCUUCACGAAUAUUAAGUUUCAGCUCGUGACUCGAUCUCUUGCUCUUCUCUAGAUAAACACAAAUGAUAGGGACGACAUCACUUAAGAUCGGGUUAAAAAGAACCCUGCCCACCUCCACAUCAGGUCACCGGAGUGCAAGUCUCAACAUACACGGGCGCCUCGACUGCUCCAGCUCCUCCUCCGCACAAGAUUAUGGCUUCUCCAGGGAUUGGUGUGAGUCUGGUUUCCCCUGUUGUCAGUCAACACGCAGUGUCCACGUGGGCUACAUCGACGCAAUUGAUCGCUGGUGGACCGAGAAAGCUCAACUCCAUGGCUAGGCAAGUUUGGGUACUAGGCUUUGUUGUGCUUAUUGCGUAAUUCUCUAACUUAAAAAAGUUCUUGAACACUUCCCUGUGCUCUAACUCCUUUUUCCUACCAACCCAAAUAAGAAGACAACUGCAGUCACAUCAACCAAUCACAGGAACAACCAAUGGCUCCUGGAGCUUUCUUUCCGUCGCAGCCACCGCUCAACGACUGUCGAACAGAUCCGAAGAAGGUGCAUCGCAUGCGAAGUGCACAUGCGUAGACUCGAUCGUGUUUAGAUGUAUCGUAGUUCAGUAAUCCUCAGAUUUAAGUGUUACUGUAAUUCGUGACUCAACUUGAUAAAUACGAAUGAGUGUAUGAACUGUUGAUUGUGUAGUUUAUGAAUUGUACCUUUACUGUGUUGAUACUAGUCGUUUCUUCUACCGUUUGUCAUGUGUUUCCGCAACGAAAUCUGUAUAUGUCAUCAUCUACUUUCUUUGUUAUCUUCAACUCCUUACUAUUACAAGCACGAGUACGCAGUUUCAUUAGCAUUGCCUAGUACGCAAUAUUAAUCGUUCUUAGCUAUUUUGCGCGAAAUUUUGUAUACUUUGUGGGAGGAGAAAUUUUAUACUAGGGCCUGAGGGAAGACGGUGCCAAGCACCAUGUCUUUUUAGAUGUACAAAUUUUUCGCGUAUCUAGGAUUGAAUUUUUUGCAGGGCGACGUGGAGGCGAUAUCCUCCAUAAGCUUGAGUCUAAAGUUUUUUUUCGGUGUCGCAAAAAAUCGCAGGUGCGACUAUCGAACAUGACGAACAUGAAGGUCCUUCGUGAAGGUCCUCACAAAGUUUUUGUUAUAGUGUUUUUGUACUAGUGCAUGAAUUUAUUAGAAAGCAGUAUCAGUUACAAUUAGUUUUUCAUCGAAGUUGAAGUAAAAGUAAUUUUGAUAUUUUUUGUGGCGUCCCAACACCGUGAAGUAUAUAUAAGUUUAAAUUUUGAAGCAUGUUGAUAGUACAUUGGUAGGUUUAUUCUCAUCAUAACCGGGGGUUCGAAGAACGCAUUAAUUAUAAGGCAAGUAGUUCUGUCAGCACAUAAAGAAGUGAAAAAGAACAUAGCAAAGACAUCAUAGGAGAUUCUGCUCUACAUCAUGUUGUCAAUAUACUACAAGCAGCACUACAUAAUUUACAAGAAGAAGAAUAAUUUUGAUCAUCAAUAAUUACAACCGGUUCUUGAUUAGCCACUCUAAAUGAUAAUGAACUACUAAUACGAAUACUCACUUAAUAUUAUGAAUUAAGAUACAUAGACACAUGAAUAGACAAAAUAAAGGAUCGCGACGAGUUGUGACGAAUUCGAUAAUCCACCCCAUAGAUACAUGAUUUUGUGCAUAGUCAUUGAUUCUACGAUGUCCUACUUGCCCACUCACGCGAUCACAGGCACACCUUGAGAAGAAAGAGACUCCUGUUGUCCAGAAUUGAAACGGAUACCGCUCUUUGUGAUGAUCAUGAUUUUUGUAUUAAUAAGACUAAGAGAACAAUUGAGCAGCCAGACUUUGAAGACACGCCGCAGAUGAAGUUUUCCACGCGUCUAGUUACAGCUAU